AUGAAUGAUGAGUGUGAGUAAACAGCAAAUUUUUUCUAUCCUCCUGAUCAAUAAGGGAAUAAAUAAAAAUUUAUUCAUUCAAGAAGAUUAUUAAAACCAAAGAGUGCUAAUUCCAAUCCAUCUACAUAAUUGUAAAAUAUCUAGUUUUUAUAUGGAUUAUAGAAUAAUUUCUAAACGAAGUACUGAUAAUUCAGGUUUACAUACACCUCCUUAAAUAGGAGAGAUAAAGAAAGGAUUAGAUAUAUUAAGAGAUUGUGAAAUAAAAAAAAAUAAAAAUUAUAGAAUUCUUAGUUCAAAUAUAAAUGAACGAUCAAGCUAUCCUUAAUAGAUUAGUUUUGGAAAUAAAUUCAUAUUUAUAAAUGAAUAGAAAAUAAAUAAAUUUACUGAAAGUCCUUAAUCUAAGAUAAAUAAACUGCCUGAAAUCUUUAAUCACAGAAACUCUUGUUAAGGAUUUAAAUAGAAUUAUAGAAUAUAAAGCAGUUAGAGUAAAAGAGAUACUAUUACAAAUUUUAAUAUUGAAUGCCCUAAAUAAAUUUAUAUACAAUAAUGCAUGUAACGAUUAGAACUGAAAUAAACAAUUUAAAAAUAAAAUUAAACUAGAUUACCUAGUUAACCUAUUUCUUUUUUAUAAGCAAAACAAUAAAAGAAGAUGAUAAAUCGAAUAUUUUCAGGCAAACGUGAUUCAUGA